AUGGACAAAAUAUCACCAGAAAUUUUAGCCGCCAGGGCGAAGCUGAAGGAGAAGAUGGGAGGAAACCUGAGACAAAUUGGUGGCAAGGGAAGUGCUAGAAGAAAAAUUAAAAAGGUUCACAAGAAUUCCAUGUCCAAUGAAAAGAAAAUUAAUUUAAUUUUAAAAAAAAUCGGUGCCUCCUACUUUGGAGACGUGGAUGAGAUUUGUGUUUACCGAGCAGGAGAUACAUACAUGGAGUUUAAAAAGCCAAAGCUGUCUGCGUCCCUGCAAUCGAAUACCUAUGUUGUUACGGGAAAAUUCACGGAGCAGAAAAUUGACAUUAACAAAAUAUUCGAAGGACUGAAAGGAAACAAAAAUGUGGAUAUGAAUCUGCUGGAGAAAAUUAAAAAUGACCCCAACAUAAAAAACUUGCUUAACAAGGAGAACAACGGAAAUGCGAAAAAGGAGGAAGCCUCAGAGGAGCCUGCGGACAUACCGGACCUCGUGGAGAAUUUCGAGGAAGUUUCAAAGGAGGACAAGUAG